AUGCCACCCCCCUCCUGGCAGAGGCAUGAAGUCGAACCGCCCGAGCACAUCACCUCCGAGGCCGUUCGGGGGUUUCUUACGGGUGCAUUCCGAUUCGGCUCCGUCUCAAUCAUCGCACACAUGAUCAUGAUUCUCCCACAUCCCUUUAAAUUCUCCCCCGCAUCGUCUGCACCAGUCCCCUCGCAACCCCCCAAAACCGCGCGACCGAAACAGUCGCCGUUCUCCAAAGACUACAUUCGUUCUCGACUGUUCCAUCGGCCCCUGGAGGGCUUCUCCGACUGGCUGUCUCCGGCCUCUCGCGUCUAUCGCGGACUGACGCCGCAAUUCAAAGUCUUCCUGCAAAUCGGGGCCAUGACGCUCGGUGGGUAUAUCUGGGCCGAGAAACGGGUGGAUGAAUACAUCAAGUUCGUGCGCAAGGUGAAGCGGGCGGAGAAGCUUCAGGCCGAGAGAGCUGCCAAGGGUCUCGACUAG